AUGGCUUCUUUCCUCCUUAUCACCACAACCCUUCUCAUCUCUUAUCUCAUCUUCAUCAUCAUCUUCUCCAUUACUAACAACAAGAAGAAGAACAACAACAACAACAAAGUUCAUGGUCUUCCAUUACCACCAGGCCCAAAGGGUUGGCCACUCCUCGGAAACCUCCCUCAGAUUGGCUCCAAGCCUCAUGAAACACUACACAAGCUUUCCAAAACCUAUGGCUCUCUCUUCCGGCUCCGGUUCGGCUCCGUCACCGUCAUCGUUGCCUCCUCAGUUGACGUAGCCUCUCAGUUCCUCCGCGCUCUUGACACUAACUUCUCCAACCGGCCACCCAGCUCCCACGCCGAGCACAUAGCCUACAACUAUUCAAACAUCAUCUUCUCCCCUUACGGUCCCCAGUGGCGCAUGCUCCGCCGUGUGUCCACAACUCACCUCUUAUCCACCAAAGCUCUUGAGGACAUGAGCCACGUCAGAGAGAAGGAGGCAGCGUUUAUGGUCAACAGGCUCCGGCGAGCUGAGAAUAGUACAGCAGGGGUGGUAGUAGGGAAGGAAGUGAACGUUUGUGUGGCGAACGCUCUGACAAACGCCAUGUUUGGUAGAAGGAUGUUUGGAGAUGGUGAUGGUGGGGAGUUUAAGGAUAUGGUGGUGGAGAUCAUGAAACUCUCCGCAGCCUUCAACAUCAGUGACUUCAUGCCAUGGCUAAAACCACUUGACAUACAAGGUCUAGUGGGUCGGAUGAAGAGAGUCCAUAACUGGUUCGAUGAUCUCAUCAACAAGAUCAUAGAAGAACGUAAGAUUGAGGGUGGACGUGCAGACUUUCUCAGUGUUCUCUUACAACAAAAGGAAAACCCUAGUGGCGAUCAAGAAACUAAGCUCACUGAUGGCAAUAUCAAAGCCUUGCUUUUGGACAUGUUUGUAGGAGGUACGGACACGACGUCGAGCACUGUGGAAUGGGCGUUGGUGGAGUUGAUCAGGCACCCGGACAUCCUAGUGGCAGUACAGAAAGAGUUAGAUUCUAUUGUCGGACUGUCACGUCUAGUGAAGGAUGUUGACCUUGUUAAUGUUCCGAUCUUGCAAGCCGUCAUCAAGGAGACGUUCCGGCUUCACCCGCCGGUUCCUCUCUUAAUCCCACACACAGCCUCCGAAGCAUGCGAAGUGGCCGGUUACUACAUCCCCAAAGAUGCCACCCUUCUUGUUAACACGUGGACUAUAUGCAGGGACCCGGAAGUCUAUCCUCGGCCGUUGGAGUUCGACCCAAGCCGGUUCCUUCCCGGCGGGAAGCAAGCUGACGUGGACUUGAAGGGAAGCCAUAUGGAGCUCAUGCCGUUCGGCUCCGGCCGCCGGAUAUGCGUCGGAAUGAGGUUGGGCUUGAGAAUGUUGUCGUUCUUGGUUGCCAACUUGGCUCAUGGGUUUGACUGGGCCUUGCCAAAUGGGCUUAAGCCUGAGGAUUUGAAUAUGGAUGUUGAGUUUGGACUCACUUUAGAACGAACUGUUCCUUUGGUGGCCCGGCCCAUUCCAAGGUUGGACCCUAAAGCGUACGUGGUCUAGUGCUAUUGGCUUUGCUUUCGUAUUGAGAUAUUUAUACAAAUAUAUGUCAAAUUUGAAGUGUUUUCAGUUUGUGUAAUCUGAUGACUAAAUAAAUGAAUCGAACGUUGUUCAA